AUGGCUACACAAAGUGAGCACUACACAUUUAUCAGCUCCAAGUUCCAUACAAAUCUGUCUCCUCUCGAUCAAAUAGCUGUAUAUAACUGGUCGCCCCGGAUUCUCAUAUUCCCUCUCUCUUCGUCUGCUGAUCGUCAAGUUAUCACGACUGUCCUGCACGCAGGCAUGCAAGCCACGAUAGAUACAUUUCCCGACCUGGCUGGCUCUUGCACACGGCCGCCUCAAUCCCGCUCAGGUGAUACACAGGGCGGCACGCGAUACCACAACAAGGGCGAGGCCCAUCUAAGCAUUACAGACGUCUCAGAUAGAUAUAGCCUUGACACUCUACGUGCAAACAACUUCGAUCAAAAGCUUCUGCUGCCCCAGGAUCUUUGCCCGACACCCGCCUUUGCCCAUCCAGCUAUUCAGCCGCUGGAGCUCUUCAGCGUUCAGGCAAAUUUUAUUCAAGGCGGCCUCUUACUGGUCGUCUGCAUCUACCACAGCAUUUGUGAUGGCGUUGGCCAGUUCCACGUCACCGAGAUGCUCGCAAAUCAGUGUCGUCUCGCGUCAACAGAAGACAACAAGACCAGACUUACUUUCAGACCCGAUCAAUUCGAUCGCACCAUGCUGUUUGGAGGCGCGCCUCAGGCAGACAUCAGCAAGCUCUCUGCCUACACCAUCCUCCCUGAGCCCGCGCGCGGUAUGCCUGCUUGGGCCUCACCCGAACAUCGCAAGCUCGCAAGCGAAACAUUCUGUCUGACUAAGGAGACUCUGAUCCAGCUCAAGGCCGACGCCACCAGCCAGAAGCCUGCCAGUUCCAAGGAGCCCUAUAUCUCCACCCACGAUGCAGUGUGCGCAUUGAUUUGGCGAACUACUAUGGCCGCUCGUGUGGCAGCAGGCGUGAUCAGCAAACACGACGAGACAACUUUCGGAAUGCCCGUCGAUGGCCGGUCGCAAUUAGAGCCGCCGCAGACCCCUGACUUCUUGGGCAACAAUGCGAUUGGAUUCAAGAUCGUAGAUACUGUCGAGAGGUUGACCGCACCACAUAGCCUUGGAGUCGCGGCGUUUGCCAUCCGAACAGGCGUCAAAAGCGUUGACAAUUCAUACAUCAAGAACCUGAUCACGGUGCUGAACCAGGUGCCCGAUUACGGCCAAAUCUUCCUCGACAUGCUAGAAAACAUCAAGACGACAGGAUUGUUCCUGACGUCGUGGGCAAAAUUCUCUUAUGCAGAUCUGGACUUUGGAGCAAAGUUUGGAAAAUGCGAGAUGUUUAGAUUUCCUGCUGGGGGCUAUAUGAAUGGUAUCGCGGUUGUGUUUCCGCCGUUGAAGAACGGCGGCUGGGAGGUCAUGCUGACAUUGGAAGAGAAGUGUAUGGAAACUUUCAAGAAAAAUUCAGUGUGGAAGCAGUAUUCGCAGAUAGAACAGCUAAGGACUUAG